UACGAUGGGAUUAAAAAAUCUAGAUGAAAUCUCUUUACUUUUAGAUCUUCUAUAUGCGGAGGUUGCCGUUGUUCAAGUUCUUGUAUAUAUAGGAACGAGAGAUGCAUGUAAAAGACCCAAAUACAUACCCAUCACUGUCACUCCUCUGCUAAAGAAAGCCAUAACCAGCAAACACUUAAAUCUUGGAUUGAAAGGAUUUUUCAUUCUCAGAUAUGUCGAACCAACAUUAUCAGCAACGCAACCACAAGAAGCAUACACUACACCUCCCCAAGCGCAUAAUCUUGCUUCGCCAUGGCCAGUCUGCUGGAAAUCUCGACAACUCCGCUUACACCAAAAUCCCCGACCCCCAAAUCCCGCUUACCCCGGCCGGCCUCGCCCAGGCCCGCCUCGCCGGAACCAACUUACGUCACCUCAUUUCCAGAUCCUCCUCCUCUUCCCACUGGCGCGUCCAUUUCUACGUCUCCCCCUACCUCCGCACCCGAUCCACGCUCCGGGAGAUCGGCCGCUCUUUCUCCAAGCGCCGGGUCAUCGGGGUCCGAGAGGAAUGCCGUGUCCGAGAGCAGGAUUUUGGAAACUUCCAAGUGGAGGAGGGGAUGAAAGUGAUCAAAGAGACUCGGGAAAGGUACGGCAGGUUCUUCUAUCGCUUCCCCGAGGGCGAGUCCGCCGCCGAUGUCUUCGAUCGCGUUUCCAAUUUCCUUGAAUCUCUGUGGAGGGACAUAGAAAUGAACAGGCUUCACCAUGACCAUUCCGAUGACCUGAGUCUCAUAAUUAUAUCACACGGGCUAACCUCACGUGUCUUCCUCAUGAAGUGGUUCAAGUGGACGGUUGAGCAAUUUGAGCUCUUAAACAAUCCUGGGAACUGUGAAUUCCGAGUGCUGGAGUUAGGAAGUGGUGGAGAAUACAGCCUAGCAAUCCAUCACACAGAGGAGGAAAUGAGAGAAUGGGGACUGGAUUCUGAGAUGAUAGCUGACCAAAAAUUGCGAGCCCAUGGUAACAGGGGUGCUUGGGACGACAAUUGUCCCUGUUAUCUUGAUACUUUUUUUGACCCUCUGGCUGAUUCUGAUGACAACGAAUAUGAAGACAGUGAUGACAAAACUCCAAGUGAUGCUUCAAGUUUGCAAAGUUUUGGCGUUACUCUCUUCUGCAAUUUCAAAUGGGAAAAGAAAACUCUUUUUGCGGGUGCAAACAAGCCAAAAACGACCUAUAGAAGCUUGGAAGGUUGUUGACUUGUUGGCAACGAGCAGAACCGAAGAGUGAUCUCCUUCUUAGGUUGAAAAGCGUCCCCAACUUAUGCCCAUUGCAGGGGAACGCCUUUUGGCUUGAUAAUGGCAAGUUGGGAACUACUGUUUAGACUGCAUAUAAUAUCUAAGAGAACAUCUCUAUAAAGCUCACUCUGAUUUGCUCUUUCGAGGUUUUCUAUCAAAUUUGAUAAGGAUGGUUAUCUGCUUUACUUUGUGGCAACCAUCUGUUUUCUUUGUACGUUCUGAAUUCUGAGGCUUUGAAAAGAUAUAGAGUUGGGUACCCCACCCAGGAGAAAAAAUGUAGCCAUUUGAGAGAGAGAGAGAGAGAGAGAGAGAGAGAGGCCAUGUGCCAACAUGGACCAAUUCUAGUCCAAUCAGAGGGCGCCAUCGGAUACUACAGCUAAUGCAAAAUUUUCACGGCAUAGAAAGGUUCUCCCGUUCCCAAACGAACACGAUGAUUAAGGACCCAAACAGCUAACCAAAUCUCUCUCUCUUUUCCUACCUAUCGCUGCAAAUCUACCUGCAUUUUGCGAAUCCAAUAAAUCUCUUCUUUACACUUUCCCGGGAUCUGGGCCUCCUUUAUUUUCCCUGCAAAAAAAGAAAAAGAAAGCAAGAUAUUGUCUUCCACUCACACUGACACAUGAAAUCCUAAAUGAAAGUUAGAGUCCUUCAAUCAUUGGGUUUCAGUCAAGUUCUGAGUGUACGACCGGGAUCUUGAAGUGGGUGCCUGAUAUAUAUAUAUAUAUAUAUAUAUAUAUAUUCUUGGGUAUUUUCUAAUUCCUGCUGAAGAGUUCACACACACUACUAGAAGACACCCAGGUGAUUUAAUGAUUGUGUCAUAAAAUUGUGAGACCCAGAUCCUGCAAUUUUUAUCUAGUUUCCAAUCUCGGGAACUCUUCAUUUUUUCACUGUAACAUUCACACGCUCCUCGUGGACACCAAAGAUUGAGUUAUCCAGAUUUUCACUUCAUGGACUAGAUCUUGAAAGGUGUUUGGUAAUUGAUCUUGGUUUUUUUCUUAAGAUUUUUGGCAGCAAAUCGCCUUAGGAUUUUUUUUUUUUGUGCGGAGUAGAUGGCUUAUCCACCAGACCAAGGACUCUAUACUGGUGUUUUGAGGUUGGUGUUGGUUUUGGUGGGGGUGAGUUUGGUUGGCUUCACAAUUGGGCCAUCCAUGUUACGGCGCUUGACAGGGAAUUCAACUGCUCAAGUUUCAUGUCCUUCAUGUGUUUGUGAUUGUUCUUCAGAGGAUUUCCUCUCCAUACCUUUAGGAAUCCUCAACAGCUCAUUUCCAGACUGUGGUAAAAGCGAUCCUGAUAUGAAUGAGGAGAUGGGGAAGGAUUUUGUAGCUUUACUGUCAGAGGAGCUAAGUUUACAGAAAGCUGUUGCCAAUGAUUCAAUGCAACACACCAAAGCAUUAAUAUCGGAUGCUAGGAAAGCCUUUUCCCACUAUCAAAAGGAGGCAGAAAAGUGCAGUACUGUAGUGGAAACUUGCGAGGAAGGAAGGGAGAAGGCUGAAAGAGAACUUGCAGAGGAGCUUAAGCUUUCAGCUUUGUGGGAGAAACGAGCUCAUGAACUUGGGUGGAAGGUUAACAGAAGAAUCUACUCAUGAAUUUAGUUAUAAUGAUUUUCUUGUAUGCUAGAAUGUUAGGUUUUUGGUUGUGACAUAGAUUGUACAACUAAUGGUUAAAGGCAUCUCAUGUGAAUAUAGAUACAUUACUAAUAUUUGCCUUUCUAGCGGUCUUAUCUCUAAGAAUGAAACAUUGUUAGGCUGCCUUCAAUAGAAAAGGAGAGCAGAUAAAUCAAAUGAAUCAAUGCUUUUAGAUUUA